ACACCAAAAAAGUGCAUAAAUAGCGUCAAUAAUUCUGGCGUUGCGGUAAAAUGUGGAGCUGUGAGUAAUGAUAUUAACAGCGAUACAAUCAAGUUGCGUUUGAGGGCUGAGCUGCCACAUCUUACAAGAAAACAAGCCGCUCAAUUCCAGUUGCCCUUUUACGAAACGCUAUGUCAUGAGCUGCUGGAAAAUGGAUAUCACUACGCUUUCACAGAGAUUUUCGAAAUUCACGAGAAGCAGAUGGAAGACCGCCAACACGCAGGUCCAGACUCAAUACUUUGGACUAUUACACCUAUCAGCGAACAGCCAGAAAAGCUUUACAAGCUCCGAGAUAAACUUUCGAGAGCAGAAGCUGCAGCUCGCAGACAAGAUCACCAUACAGUAUUCUCUUGCUAUCUCAAACUCGCUAAAUAUUUCAAUGACUUUCCUGAUGAACUCUGGCUAGCCGAACACUUCUUUGGCUACUGUUUGGUUGUUGCUCAACGUAUAACCGAUGACGAUGGCCUUAAAUUGGCAAUAGCGUACGAAUACAACGGACUUUCCAAGGAAAGUCUAGGUGAUUUCAAAAAAGCUAGUGCCUUCUUCAUUCAAUUCUAUAAUGCAACCAGGAACAAGAAAUGGAAAGAAGAUGAUGGAACAAUACUGUCGGAAAAAGCUGACAGACACCUCGUUCGAAUUUACCAUGCGCUCAUGGAAGGAACCCCGAAAGAAUAUAUCAACGAUCGCUUGUCCUACUGCACCAAAGCUUAUGAAGUAGCAAAGGCUAGUGGUGAUCCGAAAUUGGCAGCACUGGCAAGUCUAAAAUUGGGCCAAAUGUAUCUUGAAUCGGGCAAAGUUUCUGAUGCAAUUUCGUUCUAUAAAGGGUACUUUGAGUUUGCAAAAGAAUCUAAUGACUGGGUUAGCUUCGGUCAUGCCUGCGAGUCGUUGGCACAAUUGUAUGAGAGGUGA